CUCUCUGCCCCCGUUCUAGUUUGUUUGACCACGUCCACACGCAGCACAUUGUGAUAUCAACAGAACCAAAGGCUGAAGAGAAGCGAAAAGAGGAGGCACAAGAUAACAAGAUAUGAGGCUCCAAGUUUGACUUUUUGACUUUUCUUAUCUGCAUUCGAUUGAUGAAUGUGGACGUUUUUCUAUUUUCUAUUUUAACUUUUACCAGUGUUCAUUGCCGAAGGGUCUAGGUACAGGAACGCGUGCAUGUGGACACCCAGACGUACGUUCUUUUUACAUUGCAUCCCAUAAAUAAGUACGAAGAAAGUUGUACAACUUGUCACACAAACCUGCGAGCAGCGGAUCCGUUUCUUUACUUUCCCCGGAUAACCUGGAAGAAUGCUGCCCCGGCUACUCACACUGGCCUGUGCUCUCUAUGUUGGGGUGUCCCCUACAACGGCAAACGCCGUCCAAGCCGAGACGUGGCUACAGCAGUAUGGCUACUUGCCUCCGGUGGACCUUAGGUCCCAGGCCCAGGUCCAGAACCUCCGCUCACUCAAGACCGUCUCCACGGCGAUCGCGGCCAUGCAGAGGCUGUACGGGUUGACGGUGACGGGCUCCGUCGACACCGAGACGAUAGCGGCGAUGAGUCGGCCGCGGUGCGGGGUUCCCGAUAAAUUCGGGCCGGAGCUGAAGACGAGCAUGAGGAGGAAGAGAUACGCCAUCCAGGGCCUCAAGUGGGACAAGUCGGAGAUCACCUUCAGCAUUCAGAACUACACCCCCAAGGUGGGCGAGCGAGGGACGUACGAGGCCAUCCGCAAGGCCUUCAAGGUGUGGGAGAGCGCCGUCCCUCUCACCUUCCGGGAGAUCCCGUACAGCCAGAUCCGCGACAAGGUGGACAAGUUCGCCGACAUCAUGCUCUCCUUCUCCGAGGGUUUCCACGGCGACAGCACGCCCUUCGACGGCGAGGGGGGCUUCCUGGCGCACGCCUACUUCCCCGGCCACGGCAUCGGCGGGGACACGCACUUUGACCUCUCGGAGCCCUGGAGCACCGGGAACGUCGACCAGGGCGGUAACGAUGUGUUCCUGGUGGCGGUCCACGAGCUGGGCCACGCGCUGGGCUUGGAGCACUCCAACAACCCCUCCGCCAUCAUGGCUCCCUUCUACCAGUGGAUGGACACCGAGAACUUCCAGCUCCCAGACGACGACCGCCGGGGGAUACAGGCCAUAUACGGAACCAAGUCCGGCGCCCCGCCCCCUCCACCGCGCCCCACCAAGCCCUACGUCCCGGAGGAGCCCAGCCAGGGGCCCGACAUCUGUGAGGGCCACUUUGACACCAUCGCCGUCCUGAGAGGAGAGAUGUUUGUGUUCAAGGGCAAGUGGCUGUGGCGCGUCCGCAACAACAAUGUGCUGCCAGGCUACCCCAUGCCCAUCGGCCACUUCUGGAAGGGCCUGCCCUCCAACAUAAACGCAGCCUACGAGAGGGACGACGGGAAGUUCAUCUUCUUCAAGGGUGACAAGUACUGGGAGUUCUCAGAGUCGAGCAUGUCCAAGGACUCUCCUAAGAGCCUGAAAGACCUGGGCAGCGGCCUGCCAAGAGACAAGAUGGACGCCGCCUUGUUCUACACGCCCACGGGCCAGACAUACUUCUUCAGGGGAACAAAAUACUUCCGCUUCAACGAGAAAACGCGCACGGUGGACAAUGACUACCCCAAGCCAAUCAGCAUGUGGAGUGGAGCCCCGGACAACAUCAAAGCUGCCCUCAUGAGCGAGGACGGAUCGUACACCUACUUCUACAAAGCCAACAAAUACUGGAAGUUCAACAACCAGUACAUGAAGGUCCAGUCGGGCUACCCCAAGUCGGUGCUCAGCGAUUGGAUGGGCUGCGAGGGGGAGGAGCCCAAGAGGGGGCGGGGCGAGGAUGAGGUCAUCAUCAUCGAGGUGGACGAGCAGGGCGGCGGGUCCGGGGCGGGGCCGGCGGCCGUGGUCAUCCCGCUGAUGCUGCUGGUGCUGGUGGUACUGACGCUGGGAGCGCUGCUGUUCUUCCGGAAGUACGGAACGCCGAGGCGCCUCCUGUACUGCCAGAGGUCCCUCCUGGACAAGGUGUAGAGGGGGGAGAGAGAGAGAGAGAGAGAGAGAGAGAGAGAGGGAGAGAGAGAGAGAGAGAGAGAGAGAGGGAGAGGGAGAGGGAGAGGGAGAGGGAGAGGGAGAGGGAGAGAGAGAGAGAGAGAGAGAGAGAAACUUGCCGACGAUUGGACAGACUGACGACAGGGAAGGGAGGAGGAGGAGGAGGAGGAGGAAGAGGAGAAGACGUUUGGAGCAGCGCAUUGGGGGAAGGGAAGGAAAUCGAAGAAGGAAAUUGAAGACGGAAAUCGAAGAAGGCGAACGUGACCAAUGAAAAGAGACCUGGGGGAGGGGAGAUGAUUUGAGUGGUGUUUGUACAGAGCCACGAUUCAGGGCAAAAAGAGAGAGGGAGACAGACGGAGAGAGAGAGAGUGUUGAACAUAUCCUCAAGAAAAAUCAGGAACUUGUGUAUUCUGUAGUUAUCGAUCCCCAACAGAGAGAAUGGGGGAGGUUGGGGGGUUGUUCUUCGUCCGACUAGGCACCUAUCUGUUCCAAAUGCUCCCGAAAGCCACCAUUUUCUUUCCACUAAUCUGCUUCUCCUCUUUCCUCUGCCCCGUCCAUUAGAAUCCACCAUCCCCCCCACCCCUCACUACUAUCACUUGACGACUCCAGCUACACCAGCUGUCCGAUUACUCCCCCCCCCCCCCCCCCUCCUUGUAAACUUUGGUUCUGCAUAAACUCAAAAUGUUUACUCUAAAUAAUUAUUAGUGGUUUGGAAAAUCUCCACGAUUUCCACAUGAUGAAACCCUACAGUUCGCCUUUCGUUAGUUAUCGGACGAUUUGAAAUCCGAUCUUCCUCCAUUUAGCACGCAGAGAAAAGAAAAGAAAAAAACAUUUGUUCCCGUUUCUUUUGUUUUCUUCCUCCCGCUCAACACAGCUGUGGAAGAGCUUUUUUCCACCACCAAAGCAGGUAUUCCACCCCACUAACUCACCCCAGAAUCUCCCCCCAAAAUGAACCCCUCCACUAGUCUGCUGGGUAUUGUUCUUUGGUUGUGAAGGCAGAGUGUAUACUGGAACAUUCCUAGGUCGCUACUCCAAGUUUGUGUUUGCACUUGUAUGUACUUUUCUUAUUAUGUCAAAUCUGAAAAAAACAACUACCAAGCCAAAAGGAAUCAGAAUAUUCCACGGGAAGUUGCAUCUUUAAUUCCAGGAAAGAUAUCAACUUACAAUUGUGCAGUAUUGGCUUGGCCGUUUCGUAUCUUAAAUAUGCAUGGGUGGAUCUUUCAAUACCUAGCUAGAGAACUGGUCUGCUGGUUUCCGUUUGUUGUUUUUCUACCCUCAAGCAUAGUGUAUAACUGACUGCACUAUAAAGCAGAAUUUAAACUGUGGUGAGGACGUGGCAUAUAACAUUUACAACAUUUGAAAUCCUAAUGUCAUAUGGUGGAAAUGGUCCUGUUUGAUGACAUCAUCAGCUUUUUUUGCAAAAAAAACUAAAAACUUUAACUUGGGCCAUAUGUUCCAGAGAUUAAGUUAAACGUGGACAGCAUUAAAAAAAAUCGAAUCAUAAAUUAAAUCUUAGCUACUUUAACUAUACUUUUCCACCAGCAGCCGGGCACAUUCAUAAACACAGCAUUCGUGUCCUAAAGUGGUUAUAUUGAGUGAUCUUCAAGGUCCAUAAGGUCCUUCCCAAUAUUUCAGGCCAGACAUCUCAACUUGCUAGUUUUGUUAAUUAGCACAACUCGCCGCUAUAAUUACUGAGGGAAAUCAGCUGAGCUCCAUCCGGGGCCGGAGAAAAAAACAUGGCGGGUUAUUUUAUCUGUCUGAAGCUGGAAUUUGUCGGUUGGUACGGAUUACGCAAUAUGGUCCAGAUCUAAUAACGGUGUUUCAUUUUGAAUUAUCAUUUUGUACAACAAAUUAUUGUUAUUAUAGUUAUGGUUAUCGUUGUUUUAUUGGUAACGUUAUGAUGACUUGAUUAGUUUUGAUUUUCGCGUUGUCUUCGGAAGCCUGCUGGACAGAGGCUUAACAUGACAAUCAUGCAAAUAGCUCCCUUUUUUAUUUUAUUCCAUGUUCGGUGGUAUAUCGGUAUCCGUAGUUAAAUCCGGAAGCCGUAACCCGAUUUUUUUAAACGGGAAUUUCUUAAUGGCUGGCACAGAACCACAUUUAUUUAUGAACUACUAUUUGGAUGGUGCUUAGUGUUGUGUUUUGUCUUCACAGAGAAUCCAAAAUAAUUGUAAUUGAUUUGUAUUUAAAAAAUAAUAAUCAUCAGUGUGCUAAUUACAGAUUGAUUGGGCUUGCUUUAAAGACCUGAAUUCAACAGUGGGGGCUUCUACAGAGUGGGGAAAACUAAUAUACCACUGUUAACUACAGUAAAGAUGGGUGAUGCUUCGGGCAUUUUUCAUGGUAAAAACAUGUUAUGACACUCUGAAAUUACACACUAAUAAAAAUGUCUUUACCCUUUUUUUUUUACCAAAGUGAAGAGAGCUAGCAUUUUAUUGACUAUCGUAAGAUCGAGAUACCAUAAUAGGAAAACUUUGGUGUAUAUCUACCGGCAGUGCCUCGUAUGUGCAGCUGGUUCUGCGCUGUUCAUCGGCCGUUGUCCUUAAGCAGAGAGCUCGUGUAGCCCUGCCCGUUCCCUAGUAGUCCAUCAGAAAUAUUGUUGUCAUCUUCGUUUGACCAGAGAGGGCGCUGUUUCCAGAGUUUUAAUUAUAGUAUUUAGUUACUCUUUAAUAGCCCGGUAUCACUGUGCUCUACAUGAAGGAGAGAAAUAUGGAAAAUGGCUUAGGGUAUCAUAAAAAGCAUUAAAAGUAAAGUGAAACUCAGACAUUCCAUUCCGAAAUGAUAUUUUCCGAGAUGUCCUUCAACAGAGGCAACCUCAGUCAAAAUGUGCACACUGUUUAUGAUAAUGAAAUCAAUAAAAGGAGAUACUUA